CGUUUUUGUUACCGGCUAACACAUUUACUCCUUCACUAAGUUUUCCCUCCACGACUAGACAUUAGACUAAAAUUUUCUUUUACUUUCUCGACAACCAAACAGGAGUGAAGGAUAGUGAAUUAUUUACAGAUUCUGUUAUUGAGAAAUCAAAUUGUAGAGAGAACAAAGGAAAUGAAGCACAUUUUUAAGAAGUUACAUAUCGGAAGUAAUCACGAGCCAAACAACAACAACCGAUCAAACGAAACACUAUCAUCAUCGCCGUCGCAGUUAUACACCUCCGAUCACCACCGUCUCGCUUCCACAGGAAAUGAUCUAGCGACUCCUCCGUCGACGUCAUCGCCAUCGCCACCGGCAACAACUAAUUCCAUCUCGAAUUUUAGUAACAGUAGUAAUAAAAAUAACGGUACGGACGAUUUCUUGAUAUCGGAGGAGGAAUACCAGCUGCAGAUAGCGCUAGCACUGAGCGCGUCGAAAUCGGAGAAUAGAGAAGAUCAUGAAAUUGAUCAGAUCCGUACGGCGACGCUUCUGAGUUUGGGAGGGAAUCAUCAGAGUCAUAAUUAUGAUCAUAAUUAUAAUCAUCGGAUGGAUAUGGUUAGGGAUAAAGGAGGAGAGGUUUCUGCUGCUGCUGCUGCUGAAGCUUUAUCGAGGCAGUAUUGGGAAUACAAUGUCCUUGACUAUGAGGAGAAAGUAGUGGAUGGUUUUUAUGAUGUGUUCUCCACAAGUCCAAUAGUCCAAGGAAAAAUGCCAUCUCUCACAGAAUUAGAAACAAGCCCUGAAAAUUCUGGUGUUGAAGCAGUAGUUGUCAACCGAGCAAUUGAUAAUGCAUUAGAAGAGUUGUUGCAAGUUGCAGAAUGUAUUGCUCUAGAUUUCUCUGCUAAAAAUGUUGCCAUUCUGGUCCAACGGCUAGCAGAAUUCGUUACAGAGCAUAUGGGUGGGCCAGUAAAAGAUGCUAACAUAAUGUUGGCAAAGUGGACAGAACAUAGCUCAGAGUUGAGGAAAUCGCAUUACACAAGCUUGAUACCUAUUGGGUCCAUAAAAAUUGGAUUGUCUCGGCAUCGGGCUUUACUUUUUAAGGUGUUGGCUGACAGUAUAAAGUUCCCUUGCCGACUGGUGAAGGGUAGUCACUACACUGGUAUAGAGGAUGAUGCUAUCAACAUAAUAAAAUUAGGAGAAGACAGAGAGUUCUUGAUUGAUCUCAUGGCAGAUCCUGGGACGUUAAUUCCAGCUGAUGUUCUAAGUUCAAAAGAAACUACCUUUAAAUCAUAUAAUCCAAACAUCAGUAAAAACCCCGGGGUUCUUUCUUCUGAUGAGUCUGGAGUUGUUUAUGCUAGUUCAAGUCCUUUACUUGGUGAAGGUAGUAGUCACAACUCUUCGGUGAAUGGUAAUUUGUCACAGAAUAGAAGCUCAAGUAAUGAAACUGCAGAAUCCUCGACUUCAUUCUUUGGUGGCAGUCAUGAUGUCGGUGUUGGCUUUUCUGGAGGACCUAGUAAAGCAGCUUCUUCUAAUCAACAAGGUAAUAUAUCCUCUCUAGCUAUUGGAUCUUCUCUGUACAAGGGGAAUCGUGGAGCCCAGGAAGAUACUAUGCGGAUGAAUAUCAAUGUAGUACCAUAUGGUCAGAAUAGUUCGGAAGAUUCUAACAACCUUUUCUCAGAUCUUAAUCCAUUUCAGUUCAAAGGAACUGCUAAAAGUUUCAUGCAUAACAAACCUGCUGAGAAUAAUAUUGGGGACUUUCAUGGGCAAAGAACUAAUCUCCUUCCUGGUAGACCCCCUGCACCAUUGAUGUGGAAAAAUCGACAUGCAUACAAUGAAGUCCCUAAGAAAAAAGAAUAUGAUUAUAUGGACGGACUCUUUCCAGGCAUUAGUCGUGAACCAAAUGGCUAUAAUCAAUCAUCUUUGGCUUCGACAAGCUCAACUAUGUCAGAGAAGGUUUAUUCGCAGGGCUUACGAUUAUCCAGUAAUUUAAAUGCAUCCGGCAGAGAUGGUAAUGCAAGGAAUUCUUCAAGUGGUACCACUUCGGCUUUGGCAUCUGGAAUAAAUCAAUGCUAUAACUCUUCUUUUGUUGAGGAUGUAAACUCAAACUAUAAGGAAAAUCCUAGGGAUGCAAUCCAGAAUGACACACAAGCCAUUGUUAAAGAUAGUGAAGAUAAUGAAAUUGGUUUCCAAGAUCGUAGAAAGUGCACGCAUGACAGAUUUAUGGGGGUCAAUCUGAAACUGAAGGAACCUGAAAGUCCUAGCUCAUCAAUUGGUUCUGUCGCAGACAGGGUUCAACAAGUUAUUGAUGAUGUAGAUGUAGGUGAGUGUGAAAUUCCUUGGGAAGAUCUGGUUCUCGGUGAAAGGAUUGGACUAGGCUCGUACGGGGAGGUAUAUCAUGCUGACUGGAAUGGCACGGAGGUUGCUGUGAAGAAAUUCCUAGACCAGGAUUUCUCAGGUGCUGCUUUAGCUGAAUUCAAAAGAGAAGUGCGAAUUAUGAGGAGACUGCGCCAUCCAAAUGUUGUUCUAUUUAUGGGAGCUGUUACACGUCCCCCGAACCUCUCUAUCAUUUCGGAGUUUCUUCCUAGGGGGAGUUUAUAUCGGAUUGUUCAUCGUCCUCAUUGUCAAAUUGAUGAGAAGCGUAGAAUUAAAAUGGCUCUCGAUGUGGCGAGGGGUAUGAAUUGCUUGCAUUCCAGUAUACCAACAAUUGUUCACCGGGAUUUGAAGUCACCAAAUCUUUUGGUUGAUAAAAACUGGAAUGUCAAGGUUUGCGAUUUUGGAUUGUCUCGCUUGAAGCAUAAUACCUUUUUGUCAUCCAAAUCAACUGCAGGAACGCCUGAGUGGAUGGCACCAGAAGUUCUCCGCAAUGAACCCUCAAAUGAGAAGUGUGAUGUAUAUAGUUUUGGAGUCAUUCUUUGGGAGCUUUCAACACUAAGAUUGCCAUGGAGUGGGAUGAACCCUAUGCAAGUUGUGGGUGCAGUUGGUUUCCAGAAUCGUCGCCUCGAAAUUCCCAAGGAUAUUGACCCUCUAGUCGGAAGGAUAAUUUGGGAAUGUUGGCAGACUGAUCCAAACUCGCGUCCUUCGUUUGCAGAGCUAACAACAGCUCUGAAGCCUUUGCAGCGUCUUGUCAUCCCUGCACAUCUCGAUCUACCAAGCUCACCUCUACAGCAGGAAAUCUCAGUAAAUUCUACACCUUGAAGUGUUCCAACUAGUCAAUUGUGAAUAAUGAGAUUAUUCUUGUUUAUUUUGCUGUGUUGAAGCUAGUGUAUGUAAUUUAUAAAUUUCAAACAAAAAGAAAAGCAAAGAGAAUAGGAAAAACAACAAAAUAUUAAUAGGAGGAAAAAAAAACCAUAUAGUAGUCACUAUGUAUAUAAAGAAUGUGGUAAUAUGUGUAUUUUUUGUACAGAUGAAUGGAGAAUAUGUGGGCGGAUUGAAUAA